AUGUGUAAAAAGUGGGAUGUGAUCACACUCCUCAGACUCAGCGAGUCUGUUUCCAAACCCUCGGUCUCCAAACCCUCGGUCUCCAAACCCUCGGUCUCCAAACCCUCGGUCUCCAAACCCUCGGUCUCCAAACCCUCGGUCUCCAAAGUCUCAGUGUCCAAAGUCUCGGUCUCCAAAGUCUCGGUCUCCAAACCCUCGGUGUCCAAACCCUCGGUCUCCAAACCCUCGGUGUCCAAACCCUCGGUCCCCAAACCCUCGGUGUCCAAACCCUCGGUGUCCAAAGUCUCGGUCUCCAAACCCUCGGUGUCCAAACCCUCGGUGUCCAAAGUCUCGGUCUCCAAACCCUCGGUCUCCAAACCCUCGGUCCCCAAACCCUCGGUCCCCAAACCCUCGGUGUCCAAACCCUCGGUCUCCAAACCCUCGGUGUCCAAACCCUCGGUGUCCAAACCCUCGGUGUCCAAAGUCUCGGUGUCCAAACCCUCGGUCUCCAAAGUCUCGGUCUCCAAAGUCUCGGUCUCCAAAGUCUCGGUCUCCAAAGUCUCGGUCUCCAAAGUCUCGGUCUCCAAAGUCUCUGUGUCCAAAGUCUCUGUGUCCAAAGUCUCGGUCUCCAAAGUCUCGGUCUCCAAAGUCUCGGUCUCCAAAGUCUCUGUGUCCAAACCCUCGGUCUCCAAAGUCUCGGUGUCCAAAGUCUCGGUGUCCAAAGUCUCGGUGUCCAAACCCUCGGUGUCCAAACCCUCGGUCUCCAAACCCUCGGUCUCCAAACCCUCGGUCUCCAAACCCUCGGUGUCCAAACCCUCGGUGUCCAAACCCUCGGUGUCCAAACCCUCGGUGUCCAAAGUCUCGGUGUCCAAACCCUCGGUCUCCAAAGUCUCGGUCUCCAAAGUCUCGGCCUCCAAAGUCUCGGUCUCCAAAGUCUCGGUCUCCAAAGUCUCGGUCUCCAAAGUCUCUGUGUCCAAAGUCUCGGUCUCCAAAGUCUCGGUCUCCAAAGUCUCUGUGUCCAAACCCUCGGUCUCCAAAGUCUCGGUGUCCAAAGUCUCGGUGUCCAAACCCUCGGUGUCCAAACCCUCGGUCUCCAAACCCUCGGUCUCCAAACCCUCGGUCUCCAAACCCUCGGUCUCCAAACCCUCGGUCUCCAAACCCUCGGUCUCCAAACCCUCGGUCUCCAAACCCUCGGUUUCCAAACCCUCGGUUUCCAAACCUUCGGUGUCCAAAGCCUCUGUGGAGCACGUGUGGAAAGUGCACGUGUGGAAAGUGCACGUGUGGAAAGUGCACGUGUGGAAAGUGCACGUGUGGAAAGUGCACGUGUGGAAAGUGCACGUGUGGAAAGUGCACGUGUGGAAAGUGCACGUGUGGAAAGUGCACGUGUGGGAAGUGCACGUGUGGGAAGUGCACGUGUGGAAAGUGCACGUGUGGAAAGUGCACGUGUGGAAAGUGCACGUGUGGAAAGUGCACGUGUGGAAAGUGCACGUGUGGGAAGUGCACGUGUGGAAAGUGCACGUGUGGAAAGUGCACGUGUGGAAAGUGCACGUGUGGAAAGUGCACGUGUGGGAAGUGCACGUGUGGGAAGUGCACGUGUGGGAAGUGCACGUGUGGAAAGUGCACGUGUGGAAAGUGCACGUGUGGGAAGUGCACGUGUGGGAAGUGCACGUGUGGGAAGUGCACGUGUGGGAAGUGCACGUGUGGGAAGUGCACGUGUGGAAUGUGAAAAUGGGCCUUGGUCUCAUCAUGGCACCGUUCCUGAGAAUCAGCUUCAACUCUUGGGACAUGGGUUCGCUGCCCGCUCUGGCCGAGGCUCCCAUCUGUGCCAUAAAGAUGAAGGAGUCUGUCCCCACAGAGCGCGGUAAAACCUUAGUCCAGAAGAAGCCGACCAUGUACCCGGCCUGGAAGGCUUCCUUUGACGCCCACAUCUACGAGGGCCGGGUCCUGGAGGUGGUCCUGAUGAAGAACCAGGAGGAGGGUCUGGCCCAGGCGUCCAUGGGGGUCGCGGUCCUCGCCGAGCGCUGUAAGAAAUCCAAAACAAACGGCCGCUCUGAGUUCUGGUUGGACCUGCUGCCUUCAGGACGCGUGCAGAUGGCUGUGCAGUAUUUCCUGGAGAAUGAAGACUUGGCUUCUACAAACGAGUCGAUAAGAGUCGGGCAGAAAAGAGAGAUCCCUGAAGAUGGCGUCCUGACGAUCAACAGACGCAGAGGAGCGUUCAAACAGCCCAAAGUGCACGACAUCAAGAGCCACGAGUUCACCGCCACGUUCUUCAACCAACCCACCUUCUGCUCCGUCUGCCGAGAGUUCCUCUGGGGACUCAAUAAGCAGGGCUACAAAUGCAGACAAUGCAACGCUGCGAUUCACAAAAGAUGCAGUGCGUUGUUGAUUGCGCGCUGCACGGGAACCGCAACCAACAGCCGAGAGACGAUGCCUCUGGUUAAACAGGAGCAGGACAAAGACGACUGUAACCUGGACCUGAAGGUGGAGCUGAACAUCAGGGCGGACUGUGGCGCCCCCAGUGCGCUGGAAUCCGUUGAAGAUUCCUCUUCUGCUGAGAACAUGACUCCUCCCCCCUCGCUCUCUUCCACAGAUGCCACCAUAGACCUGACGUGUCGCCCUCGAGCCAAACGUAAACCGUCCAGACCGCAGUCCGCCGCGGGCCUCAGUCCUCGCAGCCCGCUCAAAGCCGAGGUCCAGGCCAUCGAUGACGAGGAGCCGCCCUCGCAGAUGUCGGUGGACCUCACCGAGGACCACAGCCCCGAGCGCAGCCUGGACCUGGCCUGGAUGCAGGAGCGCGUCACGCACCUGGGCGCGGCGUACGCCGUGGCGCAGCUGGGUCUGGGUCACACAGAGUCUGCGCACGCCUCCUUCCAGUCCCAGUCCAGCGACAGCUCCGAGGGGCCGCCCACCAUGAUCUUCCCGUCCUCGGCGCACGACAUGGCCGCCUUCGCCGCCUCCUUCGACCUGUCCGCUGUCGUGGCGACGCCUCAGAGCACGUCCCCCGCUCAGGCCACGCCCCCCUCCAGCGCAGGUCAGCGGCGAGCGUUCAAGAGCAUGAAGGAGGCCGCCGCCUGCAACAUCUGCGGGAAGCUGUUCCCCAGCGCCGCCACCAUGGAGAUGCACCAGCGCACGCACACGGGGGAGCGGCCGUACGCCUGCCCGCACUGCGGCAAGGGCUUCGCUCAGCCCAACAACCUGCGCGUGCACCUGCUGAUCCACACGGGCGAGCGCCGCUACCGCUGCACGCUCUGCGGCAAGAGCUUCAUCUCCUCCAGUCACCUGAAGCGCCACCGCACCGUGCACACGCAGGAGAAGCCGUACAGCUGCGCGCGCUGCGGCCAGUCCUUCAGCCAGAUGUGCAGCGUGCGGCGCCACCGGCAGCAGUCGCAGUGCGGCCUCUAG